AUGAGUACACUAGUAGGAGGAGGAAAUUCCGUGAAGCUUGUCUCAUCAUCCUCUACAGGAUCAUUGACAGAAAAACAGGCUCUUGGUACAAAAUUACCAAGAAGUAGUAGUGAGUUGAGAAUUACGGAAAAGACAACAUUACAACCUCUCUCACCACUUUCAUUCCAUGAUGAAGAUAACGAAUUUGAUGACAAUAAUCAACAAACUCCAGAUAAAAAAGAGGAAGAUAAAUAUCCAGAAUUUAAAGUACCAGAAUCGGAGUUAAAACAAACAAGUGAUUAUUUGAAAUUUGUAGGUGAUGAUGUAGAUUUGGAUAAGGAAACAGAUUCAGAUCAAAGUGAUGAAGAAUUGGAUUUAACAUCAAAUUCUGUUGGAGAAGAUCCAAGAUUGAGGAAUGUCCACAAUCUUCCUGAGGAAUUCUUUUACAAUCACGAAAAGCUGGGGAAAACAAUGGAUAGAUUAUUAUCUAUUUUUGACGAAACUCUUAUUUUCAAGACUGGGCAACUAAUUGAAUCAAAAGAUAAUGGAGGAAACCAUCAAGUUAAUAUUGGUAAAGUUAUUCAACCAAACAUAUUCUCUGAGAGUAGGAAUGAGUUUGCCAAAUGUUCCAAAAAAGUAUCAUUUCGUUUAAAGGAGAUGGAGAUUAUUUUGAACACCAAGAUUAAUGAUCUGAAACAAGAAUUGACCAUUGCAAAGAAAGAGAAGGACGUAAAAGCACUAGAGUGGAAGGAAAGAUAUGAUAAAUUGCAAAAGAGAUGGCAAGAUGUAAUCUCUGACAUGAACAGCUUACAAAAAGAAAAGGAAGAGAUAAGAAAAGAAAGAGACUCACUCUAUGGAUUAGUUAGACUAAGUGAAACAAUACCAGUUGUACCUCAUCACAUUCAAAUGCCAACAUCUGUUUCUUUAAAUGCAUUUACUGACGAAGUUGACAAAACCCACCCUCCAAUUUCUGAAACUCCUUCACUAAUGACAAGUAAGGUCGAACCUGCCACUACACCAAACAGAAUGACAAAAACAAAUCUUUUGUCUAAGGAAAUCUCUCCUAAACCCCAACGUCUGGAGAUGCUUAAAGCUGUUUCCCAAAGAUUGUUAACAUCUAUGGCGGAUUCUCUCUCUUCACAAAUGGCAACCAUAUUUCUCUAUAACCCUAGGAUUAACGAAUUGCAAAGUUUUUGCAUUGUUUGUAAAUAUGAUUUUAACAAUCCAGUAUUGUAUACAUUAGUGGAAAAUAAGAAUCUAAGUAAUGCAACACAAUACUCGAAUAAUACACAUAUACUGAUUGGAGGACCAAAAGCAUUCCCAAAGCAGAUAUCUGUUCCUGCAAAUCAAGGAAUCAUUGGAGAGACCUUUGCAAAAACAACUGCUUUGAAUAUUUUCGAUGUUCCAACAUUCAAAAAGCAUUACAGACAAAUAGACAAAGAUACUGGGCUUAAAACAAAGGUCGCAAUUUCAUAUCCACUCAUUACAAAGAAGAUGAAUAAUUGUUUUGGAGUUUUGGAAAUUAUGAAUAAGACACCAAAUCCAGAUAAUCUAGAAGAAAUUGAACCUUAUGACAUUCAGGACGAAGCCAAAAUGCAUGAAUAUUCGACAAUAAUAUCUGACCUUCUCGAAAGCGAAGCAGAUUGCUUACCUUAUUCAAUUUUUGUUGGAAGAAGAUCCAAUACUCCCGUUGUUGCAAAAGAAAAGGAUGAUAAAAAUACAGAUCUUUCCAGGAUCAAUGUCACUAGGGUUUAUGCACAAAAUGCAAUGAGAGUUUUUGAGGAUUUGGAAGACUCGAGGACACCUGGAAGUCCGAGUAGCCCAGUUUCUAAUCUUGCCCGUCCUACUAACGCUCUGGUUCCAAAAGAUAUUGAAGAGUACAUUAAAAAGUUGGAAUCUUGUUGGAGGAAAUCGGUGAGUGAAACAGCUCAAUUCAAGAAUGCUGCCACUCAAUUGGAAGAUCAAUUAAAUGACAGACAGGGGUAUAUCAAAAAUUUGGAGAGAAAAGUUGGUGAAAUGGAGAAAAAUAUGGAAGAAGCAAGGGAUAAGAUGAUUUCAGACUUUAAGGAACAAAAGAUUGCCAAGCAAGAGUGGAAAAUUAAAGAAAAUGAAAUGAGAGUGGAAUUGGAUUUUAUUAAAAAGGCUCACAAUACCAUUGUACAGGAACACAUGUUCAGAUUGAAGGAAGAAAGUAUCAAGUCACUCUUACUACCUGUGAACCAGAAUGAAUCGAACUCUUCAAAACCUUCACCCCCACAGCCCCAACAGGAAGCUAAAAGAGAUCGAGUUGAAUUGCCCUAUCUUGACAAGACUGUAAACCAAUCGAAAAGGGUUCAAAAUAAUAGCACGAACAGUGGCUCCUCAAGAAAGACACCUGUAACAAAGAAUGAAAGAGUCUCUAUUGAUUUUGCUGAGAGAAAUUCUGUAUACUAUCCGCCAAUAUUUUACGAGCUUUUUUCUCAAUACGCUCUCCCAACUUUGAUUCUCAAUAGCAAAUUUAGAAUUUGGAAGUACAAUGUAAGAUUCCUCACUUUAAUUGGUUGCAAGACUGAGCAGAACGAAAUAUUCCUCUCUCAAAUAUUGGGAAUGCAAUUUUCUGAUAUUUGUGUUGGUAUUGAGGCUGAUGCUCUGCCGAGACUAUUGCAGUAUGAUGUUUUGCAAGGUUUGGGAAUUGCCAAGUUGGGAAAUGACAAUUCAACUGAUGCAUUUAACUCUAAUGGAUCUAGGUCAGCCUCUCCAAUUUUGAAUAAUUCAGGAUUCAAUACUUUAGAUUUGCGAUCAGACUCGAAAUCUCCAACUCAAAAUCUACUUAGUAAGAAGACGUUUGUGAGAGUGACUGCCUACAUCAGCAAACUAGGUCAAAAUGGACAAAAGUUUUCUACCUACCAAGGAGGAUCUAAAAUAUCAGCCUCUCCUAUCAUGGAUGAAUCAUCUGUUGGUAACAGUAAUACAUUAAUUAAGGGACCUCUCUACAGCAUUAUUUUCACCAAAUAA